AUGAAGGUUUUCAUUCAUUUAAUUAUUUCUAUAACAAUUUCUUACACGAUCUGCGUUUGUGACUAUAACUCCACGAUUUGGAUCAAAAAGAGACAUACCAAGGAAAUCGAUGUACUCCGACAGAUCAUCAACCAGGAAACUCUCAUCCGUUUAGCCGUGGUCAAGAAUGUUAAGGUAGUAGUGGACGACGUUAGCUCUGUGAAGCUAAGGAUGGCGUCUACAGAAAAGAUAGUGUCCACGCUGCAGCAGACGGUAGAAUCAUUGAAACGUCAGGUCGCUACCCUAAGUCAAGACGACUCUUUAGCGCAUAAGAUGGACACAUUGAAAAAACAGAUCGAAAGUUUAAGUCAAAACAACACUUUACAGCAAACGGUAGAAACAUUGAAAAAACAGGUUGCUAUCCUAAGUGAAAACGACACUAUAGCGCAGAAGAUGGAAACAUUGAAAAGACGGAUCGAUACUUUAAGUCAGAACAACACUUUACAUCAGACGGUAGAAACAUUGAAAAAAGAGAUUGAUUUUCUUAGACGCGACAAAACUUUACAGAAUACGGUAGAAUCAUUAAAAAGAGAGGUUAAAACUCAAAGACAGGAGGGCAGGAAAAUUUCAGAAAACUGUCAGAAUAGGUUUCAGGAAUUUGAUCAAAAGUUUAAAAUUCUAAAGGAAAAUAUGACCGAUCUCUACCAGUAUCUUAAUAGGACGGAAGUGAAAACAUUGGAAGAAGGUUUAAAACUUAAAAGGGAUUGUAAAGAACACUAUCUACUUGGACACAGACAGUCUGGUGUAUAUACGAUAAAUCCGUUUGGAAACGAGACCAGGGUCAGAGUGUACUGUGAUAUGGCAACUAAAGGAGGAGGGUGGACGGCAAUCCAGAGAAGACAGAGCGGAUCAAUAAGCUUUAACAAAAAUUGGGCGGAGUACAAAAAGGGUUUUGGAAACCCUAAUGGCACUUACUGGAUCGGAAAUGACGUGAUCCAUCAGCUUACCAAGGGAAAUAAAUCAUCCCUCUACGUCUCUAUUACAUUAAAAAAUGGCAAAACUUUGUAUGAACAAUAUCAACAGUUUUCGAUUUCUGAUGAGAAAAACAAUUACAAACUCUUCCUUGGAGGGCCAGCUUCCGGAUCAUUGGGUGACAGAAUGUUAAACACAAGGAAUCCUAACGCUGAUCUGUCUGGGAUGUCAUUCACCACCCAGGACAGGGAUAACGACAGGUAUAGCGUAUAUAACUGUGCUGCGUACCAUGGAGGAGGGUGGUGGUUUAACUGCUGUCACUGGGCCUUCCUCAAUGGUCCCUGGCCUCCAAAAUACUGGUACAGUCCUUGGAAUCCUACAGUGACUGAUAGUAGCAAGAUUAAGGGGACUCUCAUGAUGAUAAAACCUCACUGA